AUGUCUAUUUCUAUCCCAAGAACUCAAAAACAAUGGACUGUCGAAGGAUUGAAUGGCCUUGAAAGCCUGAAGUUGAACAUGGAGGCUCCUGUACCUGAACCUUCAGACUAUGAAGUCCUAGUCAAGUUCCACGCUGCGUCUCUGAACUACCGUGAUUUGAUGAUUACAGAAGGUGUAUAUCCCUUCGCACAAAGAGACGGAAUCGUACCAGCCAGCGACGGAGCCGGUGAAGUAGUCGCCAUCGGACCCAAAGUCACUCGAUUCGAAAUCGGUGCCAAAGUCGUCACACUCUUCAACCAAGGCCACUUUGGAGGGAGUCUCGAUACCAAAACAGCAAAAACAGGCAUAGGCGGCAUGCUCGACGGCACCCUUCGCCAAUACGGCACCUUCCUCGAAUCCGGCCUCGUCCCCAUGCCCCCCUCACUCACCUACCUCGAAGCGUCGACCCUCUCCUGCGCCGCCGUCACAGCCUGGAACGCCCUAUACGGCCUCAAGCCGCUGCUCCCCGGCGACGUCGUGCUCACUCAAGGCACAGGCGGAGUCUCCAUCUUCGGCCUCCAGUUCGCGAAAGCGGCUGGCGCGACAGUAAUCGCUACUACAUCCUCCCCCGAAAAAGCUUCUAUCCUCAAGAGUUUGGGUGCAGACCAUGUGCUGAAUUAUAAAGAGACAGAAAACUGGGGGGAAGUAGCUAAACGGCUCACGCCCGGCGGCGAAGGCGUAAGCCAUGUCCUCGAAGUCGGCGGACCCGUAACCAUGGCGCAGAGUCUGGAGGCUGUGAAGAUCGACGGCGUGAUUACGUUGAUUGGGUUCCUGGGCGGGGUGGGGCAGCCGCAGCCCGGGUUUGAGACGGCGUUGCGGAAGCUGUGUACGGUGAGAGGCGUCUUGGUGGGGAGUCGCGGCCAAUUUGAGGAGAUGAAUAGGGCGAUUGAGGGGAAUGGGAUUAGGCCGGUGGUGGAUGGGAGGGUGUUUGCGUUGGAGGAUGUGAGGGAGGCGUAUCGGUAUUUGUGGGAGAGGAGGCAUUUUGGGAAGGUGGUUGUUAGGAUUGGGUAGGUGGUGGAUGGAUUGGGGUAUAGGUUCAUGAAGUGAGGGUUUUGGAUUGUCAAGUUGUAGCUUAGCUGUCAGAGAUGUUGACUAUUCUACGCGAGACUUGUUGAAAAGAGAAGUAACUUUUUCUUAUCU